GGCAGCGCAGAUUCGCUGACGGCGUCGAAAUCAGGGGAUGGCAGCGAAAGUUCGGCGACUGCGGCGAAAUCAGAGGGAGGCAGCGAGAAAUCGGCGAGGACGUACCAGAACGACCAUGGGCAGCGAAAAGGCGUCGAAAUCAGGGAGGGCAGCGUAAGUUCGGCGACUGCGGCAAAAUCAGAGGGAGGCAGCGAGAAAUCGGCGAGGACGUACUAAAAACGCUGCCAGCAGCGAGGUUUCGCUGACGGCGUCGAAAUCAGGGGAUGGCAGCGAAAGUUCGGCGACUGCGGCGAAAUCAGAGGAAGGCAGCGAGAAAUCGGCGAGGACGUACUAAAAACGCUGCCAGCAGCGAGGUUUCGCUGACUGCGACGUUAUUGAGGGUGGGGCAGCGAAGGGUCGGUGAGCGCGCUGGGAGCCGCGGGGGGCAGCGAAGAUUCGGUGACAGCGCGCAAAUGGGCAUAGUCGGCGGGAAUCCGCUGACGCGUCAAAAGGGGAGGAGGGCAGCGAGAAGUCGCGGUGAGGCUAUGACAGGAAAUAGGGCGGCGAGAAUCCGCUGUGAAGGGGAGGGGGCAGCGACAAAUCGCAGACGGCGCGAAAAUGGGCAUAGUCGGCGGGAAUCCGCUGACGCGUCAAAAGGGGAGGAGGGCAGCGAGAAGUCGCGGAUGGUGUAUCGAGGUGACAGGGCAGCGGGAGUCCGCCGAACAAGCGACAAAUCGCAGACGGUGUAUCGAGGUGACAGGGCAGCG